GCGUAUCCUCUCCCUCCUCUGUCCGAUUUUGUAUCAUUCUUCCCCGGCUUUUUUGCCUCAGUUUGUCCCGAAAAUGACUCUAAACGCUCGCGCCAUCAACGAGCAGCUGGCCGCCAUCAUGUCCACGCUGUCCCGGGCCGCGCUGUCCCAGAUGUGCGCUGUGGUGGACCAGGGCUUCUCCGCGCUGCAGGCAGAGCUCCUCCGCCAGCACAAGGAGAACGAGGAGCUCAAGAAGAAACUGCACUUGAUCGAGUCCAUCGUGGUGAACAGCACCGGGACAAGAGAAGAGCAGGGGCCAGACGGAGGUUCAGGUGCAGAGGAGUUGCAGGGGGUGCAAGCGCCGGACCAGAUUCAGGAAGUGGUGGGAAUCAAACAUGAAGACCCGGACUUGGGAGGUGCAGUGGGAGAAGAUGUUCAGUGUGGGGACAGCAGAGGAGCGCCCAUGAACAGAACGGAAGACAGCACCUCCAUGAGGACACCUUGUCUGGAGGCAGGCUCAAGCUCCAGUGGGCCUGGGAGCAGCCCCACGUUCAAGUGUGAAGUGUUAGAUUUGGACCUCCAAAUGGUGGAGCAGCAUCCGUUGGAUCCACCUUCAGCCUGUGGACCCAUCUUCUCCUCUUCAACAGUGGUGAGCACGCACACUCCAGCUCAGAAGGUGGAGAUACCUUCGGCCUGGAGCAGCUCAUUUGAGACCUACCAACCGGAGAACUGUGACGCCUUUGGGCUGAAUGUGGUCAGUGUGAGCGGGAGCCUGUCAGAAAACUCCACUUUAGAUUUCAGUAAAAUGGAACCUGGGUUUGGGCAGAGCUUUGUGGAGAAAUCAGGAGUGAGGAUGAGGGGCAGAGGGAGAGGCAGAGGCUCUGGCCCUAAAUGUAAGCGCUUUGACUGCACCAUCUGUCAGAAGGUCCUGGCCACAGCGCAGGCCCUGGAGUCCCACAUGAGGAUCCACACUGGAGAGAGACCCUUUAAGUGUGAAGAAUGUGGGAAGAGGUUCACCCAGGCAUGUCACCUUAAGUCUCAUUGCCUCAGUAUCCACGGCAACCCGCCCCACCCAUGCCCCAUCUGCAGCCGCGGCUUCAGCUCCCCGGGGCCCCUGCAGGCACACUUGAAGAGGUGGCACCCAAACUAUCACUCAAUCAGUACUGAAACAGGUCCAAACUAGGGAUGAACCAGGACUAAAACCAGUCCAUAUGGGAAAAUCACACACCAUGUCUAAAAAAGGACUUUACUGUGAACUCUACAGCCAAGUGGGGCUAUAUCAGUGCAUCUCAAUUAUUUUCUAUCAUGCCCCCCCCCCCAGGAAU